AGCAGCCCGUUCCGCUACGAGCGCAAGAUGACCCCGCGCGUCGCUUUCGUGAUGAUCGGCGCGGCGUGGACGCUGUCCGUGCUCAUCUCGUUCAUCCCGGUGCAGCUGGACUGGCACAAAGCCGACGCGGGCGCCGCGGAGCCCAACGCGUCCGACGUGGACAGCUGCGACUCGAGCCUGAGCCGCGAGUACGCCAUCUCCUCGUCCCUCAUCAGCUUCUACAUUCCCGUGGCGAUCAUGAUCGUCACCUACACGCGCAUCUACCGGAUCGCGCAGGUCCAGAUCCGGAGGAUCGCGUCGCUGGAGCGCGCGGCGGAGCACGCGCAGAGCCGCCGGUCCGACCGGAGCCUCCACCGGAGCCUCAAGACGUCGUUCCAGCGCGAGACCAAAGUCCUGAAGACGCUGUCCGUGAUCAUGGGCGUGUUCGUGUGCUGCUGGCUGCCGUUCUUCGUGCUCAACUGCGUGGUUCCGUUCUGCCGCCGCGAGCCGUGCGUCAGCGACACCACCUUCGACGUGUUCGUGUGGUUCGGCUGGAGCAACUCGUCGCUCAACCCCGUCAUCUACGCCUUCAACGCCGAGUUCCGCAGGGGCUUCUCCAGCCUGCUGCGCUGCCGCUGCCGGACUCCGGUGGAGACGGCGAACGUCAGCAACGAGCUCGUGCCCUACAACCGGGAGGCGGCGAGCGCGUGCGUCAACAUCAUCCCGAACGUGGUGGACGAGACGCUCGACCGGAUCUCGCAGCUGUCGCGGGGCGGCGACGACGACGACGACCUGGACGGUGCUUUCACGCCGAACGGCAUCCGCUGAGCGCGAGCGUUAACGAAACGUUGCGCUGUUGUUGUCACCUGACCGCGCUGCCGUUUGAUCCGGCGGUCAUCUGACACACUGUGCACUGGGACCCUUCAGUGGCCUUCGUCUUCCUCAUCUUCCUCAUCCUCAGUGUCCGGGACUCACACCUGCCGGAGAGAUGCCACGCCUUACUCCGAGUGCAAUAUUCCUCAGCAGCCGGACUCCUCCAGCUCAACUCUGUUCUAAUGCACUGAUUUACUGCUGCAUCGAGCUGUGAUGUCGUGGUCUGAUGAACCAUGCUCUGGUGAUUCUGGAGGUCCAGCACUGUUUGAUGGUGAAUGUCUUCAUUGUGUUUCAUUACUGUAACCUUUAUUGUUUACAAAAGCGAAGC